CUCUCGGAAGCGGAGCGGAACGAUAGGACGUUCGAUGAGGCUCGCUGCCAACGAGAAUUUCCAGCUCUCUACCCUCAGCUGGAAGACUUGAAGGAAGUCUGGAGGAAGCGAGGUGGCAUCAAACAGAAGCAUCUAGAUGCUAGCGAGCUUGGCACAGACGAGCGAUGGGGCUACGCCCGUCUCGUCAUCAAGAAUGGGCAAGUCUUCAUCCGCUCCUUUGUGGAAGGCACGGAGACGCGCGUUAGCGCGCUGGUUCACCUCUUCCACACCGCCAUGCUCUCUGCACCAGCCGACCCAUCGAUGCCCCCCGUCGAUCUGAUCAUGACGCCCGCCGACAAAGACGGCAUCAGCCCGGAAGAUGGUACUUGGGCAGUCACCAAGAGGCUCGAUGCGCCACGACAGAAAGGCGUGUGGUUAUUGCCCGACUUUGGCUUUGCUGGGUGGCCGGAAGCGGGCGCACCCUCGUACGAAGAAUUCUUUGCUGAAGCGUCACAAGUUGAAAGCAAAUGGCCGUGGGAACGCAAGAUGGACCGGGCAUUUUGGCGCGGCUUCGCCAACUGGUACCCGACUCGGCGCGAUUUGUUGGCACGUACCAAUAUUACGGCCAAGCCUGACCGCGAGGUUUGGGCGGAUGUCAAACAGACAUCAUUUCACGACGCAGUUGGAGGCGACUUCGUUCCGAUUGUGGCCCCGGCCGAUCAUUGCCAGCAGAAAUAUCUCAUUCACACGGAAGGCAACAGCUACAGCGGCAGGUCCAAGUUUCUGCUGUCUUGUCGUUCUGUCGUCAUCGCUCAUCCGCUCGAGUGGACACAGCACUUCCACCCUGCUUUGGACCCCAAUUCGACCUCGCCUGACCAGAAUUUCAUUCAACUGCCAGGCCCGCAUUUCGAGGGGCUUGAGCAGACAAUGGCCGAGCUGUGGGAGAGUGACGGCAAACCAGUCUCGUGGGACCCCAAGGAUGAACGACGACAAAGGACGUUGCAGGACAACUCUGCUCGGACUAUUGCCGACAAUCAGUACCGCGUCAUGGCUGGUCGCUAUUUGACCCCAGCCGCCACAAUGUGCUACACGCGAAGUGCUCUGAGAGCAUACGCGUUCUCUCAAAACCUUCAGUCAUGGGGCACCGCUGAGGGACCUCAGAUCCGCAAAGGGUCCGGCAUCGUGCCGGGCACCUCAAAAGGCUCCGACUUUGUCAAGGACGGCGCUCAUGGUGACAUUGAGGUUGGCUUGUGGCGCUUGUUGGGGUCGCCGGAAUGGCCUCCUGUGCCGGAGAAGAAGAAGAUCAAGGUUGCACCAUCGUGGAACGUUCCUGCUUGA